AUGAACAAGCCCAUCCGAAUUCGGCUUGGAGACCUCCAUGGUCAGGGCCAAUUCCAAGAACCACGAUCAUACUUUUCCAGCCCGCACAGAAUGGGUUCGGCCCGAUCCCUACUCUCAGAAGAUUGCGUGGUGCAAACUGUUCGCUACGAGCCGACUUGUUGUCGUGAUCCGUACGCACAGAGUUCAUCGUAUGGUCGGGCGAGCCGAUUCCACCUUGGGUUUUUGGCUGGGGCGGGGAGCGUGCUCGCGGACACGGAACCAACAGCACAACAGAACAACAAAAGCAACCAAUUAUCCAUCCUCAACGAAGGAUGGGAGAGAAAGGAAAAGGAGGCGGAAAGCGGACCAAGAAUAAUGAACAGGGGAAAUGUACCCGGCGGUUGUUUGGAAACGCAUCUGGGACGGCAGUGA